CGGAAUGAUGUGGCGUGCUGUAUUUGCGAUCGCCGUGAUUUUCACAGUCUUCAGUUUCCAUGUAGAGGGACGAUCCUUUCGCCGCAAAAGAGCGCCGCAGGAACCGAGGAUCAAUUUGGAUGAAUACCCCAGCUAUGAGGAUAUAAUGAAGUAUUUAAAGGAUUUAGCUUGGAUUCACAGAAAUCGGAUUCAUCUGAGAGAUGUGGGACGUACGUACGAGAACCGCAAGCUGCAAAUGGCGGUUAUUUCCAAUGGAGAUGGAAGACCGAAUAAGAGGGCUAUAUUCAUCGAUGCCGCCCUUCAUGCGCGGGAGUGGCUCUGCCCCAUCACAGCCCUAUAUGUUAUCCACCAGUUGAUUAUGGAGUACGAAGUCAACUCCCACCUUUUGGAUGAGUACGACUGGGUUUUGCUGCCCCUAGCCAACCCAGAUGGAUACGAGUAUUCCCGAAAUUUGGAAAACUUUUGGCGAACAAACAGAUCCCCCAACAACGAAUACUGUUAUGGUACAAAUCUCAACCGAAAUUUUAACAUCUCCUGGGGAGAGGGAUAUCCGGACUUGAAAGAUCCCUGCAGCGACCAUUUCGCCGGAAGUAAACCUUUUUCCGAAAUAGAGACGAGGACAGUGCGCGACAUUAUGCAUGAGCUGGUUCAGACUAAUCGUGGAUUAAUGUACCUCUCUUUGCACACGGCCAAUCAAUCGAUUUUUUAUCCGUGGGUUUAUGAUGGUCAUGCCACCAAUAAUAAGGCAGAGCAUAUAGAGAUUGCCAAAUAUGCCUCUGAUCGGAUAUAUUGGAGCACUGGUACUAAGAUAAAAACGAAGCAGGCUUUCUUUUACGGUGGAAUGAUGGGAGGAACCAGCCUGGACUACGCAUUUUAUGCGGGAUUCCCCCUGGCAUUUGUUUUCGAGAUGUCCGGAACGGACCAGAACGGAGUGGAGCACAAGUUCUUCCCGCCGAACUAUGCGAUUCGCGGCUUGGUUCAGGAGUCUUGGUUGGGAAUUCGUUCUCUGGCCGAAAAGGCUAUUGAGAAGUAUCCACCUUCGAGACCGUUACGUCCUAACCCAGAACCAAAACCAAAAUCUAUUUGGGAGAUGCUCUGUUUUUUUUGUGGAUAAUAUGUAAAUAAAGCG